CCGUCUAUAUCUUCCUCAAUUUCUGUUGACCAACAUGUACAAGAAUCUGACAAAAGUCAAUAUUAUGAAAAGCUUUGCAAUGAAUUCAAACAAGACGAAAUGCGUUUUAUUCGCGACCUUAGUAUGAUUGUUAAUGUUUUUAAACGUCGUUUGGAGGCAGGAAUAAUAGGAAGUUCCCCUUCUAAAGACAAUUAUAUUGCUGGAAUAUUUGGAAAUGUUCACGAAAUUUAUGAACUUACAAUAAAAAUACAUCGAACAAUCGAGGACGGAAUUGAUAUGGCAAGUCCCCCAUUGCUUGGAAUGGGACUUUGGGAAUUGGCAGAGGGGUGUGAAUUUGAUGUUUAUCUUCAAUUUAUGGAAGUUUUUAAAGAACCGCUUAAUAAGAAAAUUGAAAGAAUGAUGAAAGAGCCAACUUAUUUGGAGUAUUUUGAUAUUGAAGAUAGAAUUUAUAGUGGCACUCCAGGAGGGCAUACUUUCCGAAUGGCUGUCAAAUAUGUUUUGCCUUCUUUACUUUAUUCUGUAAUGGCACAUUUUAGAUGUUAUGGGGAAUAUGUUAAGCUAAUGAUGGGUGCAACAGAACAAGAAACUGAUCAAAAAGACCUUUACAAUACAGCAAUGUAUUUAAAUGUUGUUGGGAAACGAAUUCAAGAUCUUAAACUUCCAAUUGCGCCACACAUAAGCGAAAAAUAUUCUCGUGGCAUUCGGAGAGACAAUACUCGAUCUUUUCAUAUGAAUGUUAUCCAACAUAUACAACGAAGCAUUGAUAAUAUUCUCCGUACUCGAUCUAAUUGGACUGAAAGAUAUGUUUUUCUCUUUGACCACUUGCUGGUUAUAUGUAAAUCACUUAAAAACCAUAACACAAAAGGAAAUGUUACUGGAAGCCAAUAUUUAUCUUCAACAUCUGCCUCAUACAAAUUUAAAGAUAAAUUAUACAUUCGACGAUCAGAUAUAAUUGAUUUAGAAGACGAUGAUGAAGUAAAAAAUGCUUUUAAAAUAUGUACAACAGCAAAGGGGAGUAAUGACGAAUAUAUGAAUAUUGUUACUUUAUUUUGUCAAACACCGGAAGACAAAGAAGCUUGGAUGACUUCUUUGGUUGAAAUGCAGACUGCUGGCGUUUUACAUCGCAUGUUGGAAGCUUAUUUAAAAGAAGAAGAAAAACGUAUUCCACUUAUUGUACCUACUGUUUGUGAAUAUCGCUAUGCAGAGCCGGAUACAGAAGAGAAUAUAAUUUUUGAAGAUUAUACCCAUAAUAGUGGUAUUCCUGUUGUGCGUUCAGGCACCAUUUUGAAAUUAAUUGAACGUCUCACAUUUCCAAGAUAUACAGAUAAUGAAUUUGUCAAAACUUUUAUGAUAACAUAUCGAUCAUUCUGUUCUUCCUCCGAACUUUUUUCUUUGCUUAUUGAACGUUUUACAAUUCCAACCCCCCAUCCAUUUGCUUCACUAGAUCCACAUAUGAGUGUUGUAUUAGCUACACAACAUCAACAGAAUCGAACUUCGGGGGAUGUUGUCAGCACUUCUCCAGCUUAUCAAAGCCUUUCUCCGGCAGAAUUGGAGCAGGCAUUUCACCGUUUUCGACAAGAAUAUCAAAAACCAAUUCAACUCAAAGUUUUGAGUGUUUUAAAUCAUUGGGUCAGUAACCACUUUUAUGACUUCGAAAAUGACCCCGAUCUCCUACAAAAACUUGUUGACUUUCUUAACGGCAAAGAUACUACAAUUAAAUUGACAACAAAUCACAAAAAAUGGUGUACUAAAAUUCAAGAUGUAAUUAAAAGAAAACAACGUAAUUCAAGUUCUGCAGAUGGAACUUUACAAAAACCAAUAAACAAUGACAGUUUACAAGUUGCUGGAACUGGUGGUUUUGCUCCUAAUAUUCCAGAGCCCGUUUGGCACUUUGCAAAAGAAGGCGAUAUUGCUAAUUAUGAUAUGUUGACACUCCAUCCAUUAGAAAUUGCAAGACAAAUUACUUUGCUUCAUUUUAGUCUUUAUCGUGCUAUUAAACCUUUUGAAUUAGUGGAUGCUGCUUGGACAAAACAAGACAAAUACCAAAGAAGCCCUCAGCUCCUAAAAUUUAUUGACCACAGCACAAAUUUAACCUAUUGGGUCGCUAAAUCUAUAGUAGAAACUGAAUCUUUAGACGAGAGAGCCGAAAUGUUUUCACGCGUUCUUGAAAUUAUGUUUGUUUUUGAGGAAUUGAAUAAUUUUAAUGGAUUGAUUGCUUUUUUCUCGGCUCUUAAUUGUCAACCAGUAUAUCGUUUAGAAGAGAGCAAGUCGCGCCUUGAGAAGGAGAAAAAAUCUUGGUAUGAUCGUUUUGUUCAAUUAUGUGGUGAUGGACAUUUAAGUGAAUUAUUACAUCGUCUUCGGUCAAUAAAUCCGCCGUGUGUACCUUUUGCUGGCACUUAUUUGACUCAAAUUGUUCUUCGCUUGGAAAGUCUUAAACAACUAGAAAAUCGAGAUAACAAGGCAAACCAACAAAAACAACAAAAUGCCUCUCCAAAUACUGAUCAACAACCGAAAACUGAUGUCUCUACACCAGAAGCUGAAUCAGACAAAAACUCAUCCCCAAGAUUGCCCCAAAAAUCCAAACUCAAUGAACGCUUAAACGUCUCUCAAAGAAUUAUUUCCUUUGUUAAAUGUCGCAAAAUUGCUGCUAUAAUCCGUGAAAUUCAAAUGUAUCAAAACCAGCCUUAUCCACUCAAAAUGGAACCGACAAUUCGGGUGGGGUUUUUUUUAAUUAAAAUUUUUUUAAAGAAAUUUACUGAAAAAUUUUGA